AUGUCAGGGCCUUUGGCGUCAGUGCCCAGGGUGGUUUCCGGAGAGCCCCAGAGCCUGAGCAGCCCCUCGGACACUGUGGCCCUGGGCUCCCUGCUGCGAGGAGGUGCCAGGAAGCCUGUGAGCACACGAGGGGCAUGGCUGCAGCAGGAGCCCUCUUCUCGGGGCUGGGUGGGGGUGUGGGGGGCAGGGAUGCCAGAGCUGCCAGAGCCCCUGCUUGCCAGGGCGCUGACUCCUGCAGCGUGGCCGCACCGUGCUGUCCUGGCAGGUGACGUGGACGCCUUCCGCCUCCUGCUGGAGAUGAAGCUGCGGCGGCGGCGAGAGCGGCCCAGCCUGCCACACACCGUGACCGAGCUGGUGGCCGAGGACGGCAGCAGGGUCUACGUGGUGGGCACGGCCCACUUCAGCGACGACAGCAAGAGGGACGUCGUGAAGGUGGGCACGCGGGAGCAGCCAGACCAUCCGGGCGGUGCAGCCCGACGUGGUGGUGGUGGAGCUGUGCCAGUACCGCGUGGCCAUGCUGAAGAUGGACGAGCGCACACUGCUGCGGGAGGCGAAGGAGCUCAGCGUGGAGAAGCUGCGGCAGGCCGUCAGAACGGCGUCAUGUCGGGGCUGAUGCAGAUGCUGCUGCUGAAGGUGUCGGCGCACAUCACGGAGCAGCUGGGCAUGGCGCCGGGCGGCGAGUUCAGGGAGGCCUUCAAGGAGGCCAGCAAGGUGCCUUUCUGCAAGUUCCACCUGGGCGACCGGCCCCUCCCCGUCACCUUCAAGCGGGCCAUCGCCGCGCUCUCCUUCUGGCAGAAGGUCAAGCUGGCCUGGGGGCUCUGCUUCCUGUCGGACCCGAUCAGCAAGGACGACGUGGAGCGCUGCAAGCAGAAGGACCUGCUGGAGCAGAUGAUGGCCGAGAUGAUCGGCGAGUUCCCCGACCUGCACCGCACCAUCGUGUCGGAGCGCGACGUCUACCUGACCUACAUGCUGCGGCAGGCGGCCCGGCGCCUGGAGCUGCCGCGGGCCUCGGAGGCCGAGCCCCGACAGUGCGUCCCGUCCGUGGUGGUGGGGGUCGUGGGCAUGGGCCACGUGCCCGGCAUCGAGAAGAACUGGGGCUCGGACCUCAACAUCCAGGAGGUGAUGACGGUCCCCCCGCCGUCCGUCUCCGGCAGAGUGUCCCGACUGGCCGUGAAAGCCGCGGCCCUCGGCCUGGUGGGCUACGGCCUGUACUGGGUGGGCCGCCGCGCCGCCGGCCUGGUCCUGGCGCUGCCCGCCGCGCAGAGCUGCCUGCAGAGGGUGACCGCGGCGCGGCCGCAGAAGUCCCCUGGAGCCGGCCCACCGCCCGUCCAGAUAGGCCUUUCCCGGCUGCGAGCUCGGCUUCCCCGCGCUCCCCACCGCCGGCCAGCGGGGCGCCCCCACCUCACGUGCCUUCUGCUGCCCCGGCUGCCGGCAGGACCCCUGCCCCAAAGAGUCUCCCUGUCCGGCCGGGCCGCCUGGCAGGGCCGAGCGCUUCCCCGCUGCGGCGGCGCCCGGGAAUGUCUGACCGCCGGGUUUCUAUGUUAGUUUUCUAAACUGUCCGAAGUUUUUUUGCUCAGGUAAUUUUAACUUUAAAAAAACAAACUGAAGCGAACGUCAGGGAACGUGAGCCUUAACUCCGCCCGAGGGGCCGGGGUGGGCCCGGGGACUCCCGCGAGUCUGCGGCGGGACCGCCCUCCGUGGGGUGCGGGGCAGCCUGCACGCGGGGCCCCACCUGGGGGUGCCGGGCCUGACUUGGGGGACAGACUGACAGCCCGCUGCCGGUCCCACCCCCGGGGGCCCCAGGCGAGGCGUGGGGGUGUCGAUCUGGCUGACUUGGGUCUGGUCUGGCCCGAGGGGGGCAAAGCCCAUGGCCCCUCACCUUCCAUGUGUCUGGAUGCCUGUGUGCUUUCCUUACAAAAAUAAAAUUUAUUUUGGAAGCUCC